AUGCCUACUGCAGUGGUGACGGGAGCCAACAGUGGCAUCGGCCAUGCCUUCGCACAGCUUCUGAUCAACGAGGUACGAUCGUGCAAGACUCAAGAAGCCAUCGCACCUGGAUACAAGCUCUCAACUAACACGACUCAAGGGCUUCGAAGUACAUGUAUGCUCCCAUGUGUCUCCGCCUGGUAGAUCCGACUUGGGACCACUGACGAUUCAUCCUCUCACAGGCCGCAGACGUUGACGUGGGAGAGAAACUACAAUCCCUACCAUGUCGUCUACAUCGUGCGUGGUCUCGUACGCCUCACAAAGCUACGCUAUCAAUUCUAAUCCCUCUCUCUCCUAGGCCUCGACGUACGCUCCCCAGAAUCGAUCAACGGCCUCGCAGCCCAGCUCGCCGGCAAACCCGUCGACGUCCUCCUGAACGUCGCCGGCGUCAUGGCUCCCACAGAAGAAGACGCGCUGGGCUCGGUCACCAAAGACAUCUGCACCAAGACGUUCGAAACCAACACCUUCGGCCCGCUGCUCCUCACGCAGGCCCUCCUCGACAGUCUCCUCGCCGCGCCAACCCCACACAUCGGCAUCGUCUCCUCGCGCGUCGGCAGCAUCAACGACAACAGCACCGGUGGCUCCUACGCCUAUCGCGCCUCCAAGGCGGCGGUCAACAGCAUCGGAAAGAGCCUGAGCGUGGAUCUGCGGGACAGAGGCGUGGUGGUCAGCUUGUUGCACCCGGGCAUCGUGAAGUCGAACCUGAACCCGCACGCGGAGGAGCAUGCGGAAGCGGUAGAGCCCGAAGAAGCUGCGGGCAAGCUGUGGAAGGUUUUCAUGGCGCAUGGAAUAGACGAUACGGGCAAAUUCUGGCACCGAGAAGGCUACGAGCUGCCGUGGUAG